AUGUUGGGUGUCCACGUGGAACUAACAACUGCUCAUGACAAACCUGGAGAGAAACCUCACAUGCAAGACUACAAAGUCGAUUUGAACGAAUGUGGUCCCAUGGUUCUUGACGCACUGAUCAAAAUAAAAAAUGAACAAGACCCGACGCUCACAUUCCGACGUUCUUGUCGCGAGGGCAUCUGUGGUUCGUGCGCCAUGAAUAUCGGUGGGCGGAAUCACUUGGCAUGCAUUUGGGAGAUUGAUACUAAUUUGAGCAAGCCAACGAAAAUUUACCCGCUUCCUCAUAUGUUUGUCAUAAAAGAUUUGGUACCUGAUAUGAACAACUUCUAUGCUCAAUACCGUUCGAUCGAGCCCUAUUUGAAAAAGAAGAACAUGUCGGAAGCUGAUAUUGGUAAAGCCACUUUUUACCAGUCAGUGGAAGACCGAGCCAAACUCGAUGGUCUUUACGAAUGUAUCUUGUGUGCUUGCUGUGCGACCUCGUGUCCAUCGUAUUGGUGGAAUGGAGACAAAUACCUGGGGCCUGCUGUGCUUCUCCAGGCUUACCGGUGGUUGAUCGAUUCGCGUGACGACUAUACCUACGAAAGGUUGACCCAAUUCCAAAACAAAUGGUCCUUGUACCGGUGUCAUACUAUUAUGAAUUGCACGGAGACUUGUCCCAAGGUCAGUUUGUAUGCUACGGUGAACUAG